AUGAUGAUUAUUCAAGUCAAUAACAAAUAUUAUCUUGCUGUACUUCAACAAUCUCCAAGGCUAGAUAUCUCAACAUCAAUCAGUCCUGCACAAGAAUGUGUUCCUAGCGAACAACUGUUCAAUUCUACAAUAUUGGAAAAACAUCAGUAUGAACGAAUUCCAUCUUAUUAUAAAGUGUGUGGAGAACGUCACGAUUUGACUUGUUUCGUUGACGAAGAGUUUUUAUGUUUGUGCACAAAUGAUCAUCAUGCUAAUUGUUUGACAUUCACACGUUAUGAAGAUUUUCGAUGUCCAAUGAAAAAUUAUUGUGAAAAUGAAGCAUACUGUUUACAAGAUCAUCCAUCUUGUCCAUCUACAAAAAUUUGUGUAUGUCCCAAAUGCUUCUUUGGUAAUCAAUGUCAAUUUUAUGCGAAAGGUCUUGGUUCAACAUUAGAUGAAAUCUUAGGUUAUGAAUUUAAAAAUAAUUUAAUGCUAUCUGAACAAUCUUUCCAGGUAAAAUUAAGUGCUAUUGUCACUAUGUUGAUAUGUGUAAUAGGUAUCAUCAAUAGCAUUUUAUCAAUAAUAACAUUUUUAAGAAAAAAAACACGCGAUGUCGGCUGUGGAAUAUAUCUCUUGGCAUCAUCAAUCACUUCAUUAUCAACUAUGAUCUUAUUUACACUUAAAUUUUGGUUUCUUUUUCUUUCUCGUCAAGAUAUCUUGGGUCAAAAUACUAUUCUCUAUGCUAAUUGCAUGGUUAUUGAACCUAUACUAAAAAUCGCUUUGUACCUAGAUAAUUGGUUUAAUGCUUGUGUAGCUAUAGAGCGAACAGUGUCUGUAUUUCAAGGAAUUAAUUUUAACAAGAAUAAAAGCAAACGAGUUGCUACGUAUAUAGUGAUGUUAUUACCUUUUAUUAUGGUCGGUCUUUUCGUUCCACAACUACGUAGUCUUCGUUUAUUUGAAGAUAAAAUGGAAGAACGAAGUUGGUGUGUUGUCACUUAUUCGCCAUGGCUACAAAUGUAUAGUUUAACAUUGAUAUUUUUUCAUUAUUUUGCUCCAUUAUGUAUCAAUUUAUUCUCGGCUCUACUCAUCAUUAUAGUAACUGCUCGUCAACGAGCUGUUAGUAAAACUGGUCGUACUGUCUGGAUUCAUCUUAUAUUCAAAUUAAAACAAUAUAAACAUCUUAUAAUUAGUCCUACUAUAAUUAUAGUUUUAACAUUACCUCAUUUAAUCAUUUCAAUUAUAUUAGACUGUGACAAAUCAUCCAACUUGUUUUGGUUCUAUCUUAUCGGUUAUUUUCUUUCAUUUAUUCCAGCAGCAUUAGUUUUCAUAAUUUUCAUUGUACCAUCAACACUUUACAAACAAGAAUUUAAGAAAAUAAUAUUACCUACGCAUCAAGGUUUUGAUGUAUUAAAAUUUAUCCCUAAUAAAUUCUGA